AUGAACAAAGUUGUAAAACGUCGUCGAAUACCAGAGAAACCAUUAGGAGUGAAGAGUGAGGAGACAAAUGCUGGUGAAUCUACGAAUAUUCAAACAUCAAUAAUGUCAGAUUUAAUGAGUGAUGCAGACACUAGCAAUUCAGAAACAAAGAAGAAACCCAAUAAAUCUGCUCAAUUAUUCGAAGCAAUUAUCAAAAGACUGCCUACACCGUUGGACUGGAAAGAAAUUGCUGAAGAUGUUAACGGAAAAUCUUCUACACAAUGUUAUGAUCAAUGGCGUAAAAGAAUGUUAGCAGAUUUAAAGAAGUCUGUUGCUUCUGAGUGA